AUGGAGGGGGGAGGAGGAGGGGAGGAAGAGGUGAGGAGAGGAAGAGAGGAGGACGUGAGGAGAGGGGGAGGAGGGGGGAGGAUGAGGAGAGGAAGAGAGGAGAGGAGAAGGAGAGGAGGAAGUAAGGAGAGGGGAGGUGAGGAGGGGGGAGGAGGUGAGGAGAGGAGGAGGUGAGGAAAGGAGAGGGGAAGGUGAGGAGGAGGUCAGUAUAGGGGGAUGAGAAGAGGCAAAAGAGGAAGGCCCUCAAAAUUGUCAAGGACUCCAGCCACCCUAGUCAUAGACUGUUCUCUCUGCUACCGCACGGCAAGCGGUACCGGAGUGCCAAAUCUAGGUCCAAAAGACUUCUCAAAAGCUUCUACCCCCAAGACAUAAUCAUGGCUACCCGGACUAUUUACACUGCCCCCCACCCCCACCCCCCACCCCAUCUUUUUACGCUGCUGCUACUCUGUUAAUUAUUUAUGCAUAGUCACUUUAACUCUACCCACAUGUACAUAUUACUUCAACUACUUCAACUAGCCGGUGCCCCCGCACAUUGACUCUGCACCGGUACCCCCCUGUAUAUAUAGCCUCCCUACUGUUAUUUUAUUUUACUUCUGCUCUUUUUUUUCUCAACACUUUUGUUGUUGUUUUAUUUUACUUUUUCAUAAAAAUAAAUGCACUGUUGGUUAAGGGCUGUACGUAAGCAUUUCACUGUAAUGUCUGCACCUGUUGUAUUCGGCGCAUGUGGCCAAUAAAUUUGAUUUGAUUUGAUUUGAGAAGAGGAGUAAGGGGCCUUCGUCUAGCUCUGCCAGCUCUGCCUCUACUGGGAGAAGGUACGGAGGGGGAGGAAAGGAAGAGGUGAGGAGAGGGGGAGGUCAGGAGGAGGUGAGGAAAAGGUACGGAGGGGGAUGAGAGGAGGUAGAAUAGAAAGCAGGGAGAGGAAUGAAAGUGAAGAGAUAGAUCAAAUUUGAUCCUAAACUUUUUUUCUCUGUUCAUAGGAAGUGGAUGACUGUAUCAUCAGGCAGACCAACACACACUUCCAGUACAGCUAUGAGUACCUGGGUAACUCUGGACGACUGGUCAUCACCCCACUCACUGACAGGUAAACACUAGCAUCAACCCAGGACCUCACAGUAAAGAGACAGUGGCCACAUCUCAGAGUUCACACUAGCUAUUCCCUAUAUCAGUGGUUUUCAAGCCUCUCCUCGGGGACACCCAGACGUUUCACAAUUUUGUUGCAGCCUUGAACUAUCUCACAUGAUUUCCCCCAAUUAAUCAUAUCAAAUUUGAUUUGUCACAUGCGCUGAAUACAACAGGUGUAGACCUGUUUACUUACAAGCCCUUAACCAACAAUGCAGAGUUUGUUUUUAAAGUAAGUAAGAAAAUAUUUGCUAAAAAAAUAAAAAAAUAUAUAAUAAAUAAGGGCUUGAUGAUUAGUGGACAAAUUGAAUCAGGUGUGCUAGCUCUGGAAGGGUUCAAAUACAUGAAACGGCUGGGGUUUAUAUUGUAGUGCACUAUAUUUCAGUUGUCUCUGCCAUUACCAGCACCUUGAAGAAGCUGCUAUGCACAACGCUUUUCCUUCUUUUCCCCCCAUCUCUCUCCCUCUCUCAUCUUCCAGGUGUUACAUGACCCUGACCACAGCCCUCCACCUCCACCGGGGGGGCUCUCCUAAAGGUCCAGCAGGGACAGGGAAGACUGAGACGGUCAAGGACCUGGGCAAGGCUAUGGGCAUGUAUGUCAUCGUGGUCAACUGCUCUGAUGGGAUGGACUUCAAGUCCAUGGGACGUAUGUACUCUGGACUGGCUCAGGUAAUGUGAAGAAACAGAUACACUGUUAUGUUAUUAGGAUGGUUUACCAGAGCUUAGUCCUGGACUAAGAAUCAUGUCAAUUUUAGGUGCUUCUUAGUGCAGAACUAAGCUUAAUCUGUGUCUGGGAAACCAGCCUGUGUAGUUCAUCUUAGGUAUUGCAUAUCCAUUGAAAGUCUUGAAUGGGUAAUGCACCCAUUACAGCAACACAAUUUACAUAUCAGGUAAACACAUAGAUAUACAUAGCACUGUUGAAAAUAAUGCCCAGCUAAAAUCAUAUGUGUGUGUCUAUCUGUGUGUAUCUCCAGACGGGUGCGUGGGGCUGUUUUGAUGAGUUUAACCGUAUCAACAUUGAGGUGUUGUCAGUGGUGGCUCAGCAGAUCCUGUCCAUCCUGUCUGCUCUGUCUGCUGGAGCAACCAGGUUCAUCUUUGAAGGACGAGAGAUCCGCCUGGUCUGGUCCUGUGGUAUCUUCAUUACCAUGAACCCUGGUACAGUCAUUUCACAUAUCUGUGUAUAAAUGGAACUAUAGUAUUGAGACAUUUCUCAAUGAUAUCCAUUCAGGAUUUACAUUUUAGUCAUUUAGAAGACGGUCUAAUCCAGAGCGAUUUACAGUUAGUGCGUUCAUUUUAAGAAAACUAGAUGGGACAACCACAUAUCACAGUCAUAGUAAGUACAUUUUUCCUCAAUAAAGUAGCAAUCAGCAAAGUCAGAACUAGGAAGGGGGGAAAGAGUAAAGUGUGAGUGUUAGUUCACUAAAUCCUUUUAAGAAAUGUAUUUAGGCUUACUUCAAGUUAGAAUCAUGCUCAUGUUUCUAAAACGGAUUUUGUGUUUGUGUGUGUGAUAGAGAGAAGGGGAAAGAGAGGUGGAGAAAUAGUGAAAGGGGAGACAGAGAGAGGGGGAUAGAUUGAGAGAGAGAGAGAGAGAGAUCAUAUGGUAAUAAGUGUGUUCUCUCCAUCCCCAGGCUAUGCUGGUCGUACAGAACUACCUGACAACUUGAAGUCCAUGUUCAGGCCCAUCUCCAUGGUGGUACCUGACUCCACCCUCAUUGCUGAGAUCACCCUGUUCGGAGAGGGAUUCAACAACUGCAAG